AUGACUGCCAAAGAUUAUCCAUCAUUGUGGGGCUUUGGAACAACAAAAACAUUUAAAAUACCUGUUGAACAUUUGGAUUUCAAGUAUAUUGAAAAAUGUUCAGAUGUUAAACACUUGGAAAAAAUUCUUUGUGUGCUCAGGUCUGGUGAGGAAGGAUAUUAUCCUGAACUUACUGAAUUUUGUGAAAAGCGCCUUUCAGGCUUGGCUCCUGGAAGUAGAGCUUUGAGGAGAGAGAAACCUGCAGCGACAGCAGCCAGUUUCACAGCAGAAGAAUGGGAAAAAAUUGACGGUGAUAUAAAG